AUUAAUCGGUUUUACAUGUGUCCUUUAAUUUAAAUGUCGUUGUUGUUGUUUUUUGCAUUAAAAGGGCGGGGGGGAAAAUCCCCAAAUAAAGUACCGUGUUAAAUCAACAUUGUUUUUGCAUUUGCUCGUGUUGCCUUGUUUUCUGUUUAAUCAUUUAUAUUAAGCACACGCCGAAUUUGUGUUUCAGGGUCUGAAGCGCUCAGGCAAGCUGCAUUACCGGGGCGAAUCGCGUGCGAUCUGGGCCGAACCGGGGCGACCCGCGCCUGCCUCUAGCAUGAUGUCAUACCUCAAACAGCCCCCUUACGCCAUGAACGGCCUGGGGCUGAGCGGAGCCGCCAUGGACCUGCUGCAUCCCUCCGUCGGCUAUCCAGCAACGCCACGGAAGCAGCGGAGAGAGAGAACCACAUUCACGCGCUCACAACUCGACGUUCUUGAAGCUCUUUUCGCCAAAACGCGUUACCCGGAUAUAUUCAUGCGCGAGGAAGUGGCCCUAAAAAUCAAUCUACCCGAAUCCAGAGUGCAGGUGUGGUUUAAGAACCGUCGGGCAAAGUGUCGUCAGCAGCAGCAGAGUGGCAGCAGCAGCACAAAAGCUCGGCCAGUCAAGAAAAAAUCUUCUCCCACUAGAGAAAGCACAGGCUCCGAGAGCAGCGGGCAGUUCACGCCGCCGGCCGUCUCCAGCGCCGGCUCUGCUUCCUCGUCCACCUCUUCCUCAUCCUCCACCAACAACAGCAUGUCUACCUCGAUCGGCACGGUCUCGUCCAUCUGGAGCCCAGCCAUGUCUCCGGGUUCAGCGCCUCCCUCCUCGUCUCUCUCGGAGCCCGUUCCGCCCUCCAGCGCCUCCUGCAUGCAGCGCUCCAUCUCCGGUUCAGCUUCUUCCUCCUCCUCUUCCUCUUACCCCAUGUCCUACAACCAAACGCCGGCGUACGGCCAAAGCUACCCCACACCAUCCGGAUCCUACUUUAGUGGCGUGGACUGCAGCUCCUACCUGACGCCCAUGCACUCGCACCACCACCCGCACCAGCUGAGCCCCAUGACGCCGUCUUCCAUGCCCACACACCCCCACCACCACAUCAGCCAAUCUUCAGGACACCACCAUCACCACCACCACCAUCACCAGGCGUACAGCGGCGCCGGCCUGACCUUCAACUCCUCCGACUGCCUGGAUUACAAGGAGCAAGCGGCAUCCUCCUGGAAGCUCAACUUCAACACUGCGGACUGUUUGGACUACAAAGACCAGGCGUCCUGGAGGUUCCAAGUCUUGUGAUCUGGUGGUGGUUAUUGUAUUUUAUUUUUCUCCCCCCCCCCCCCCUACCCCCCCUCCCAACCUUCCGGUCACUCAAUCACAUACAUCACUCUCACUUUUUUUGAAUAGUGUGCUGAGUUUCUAUAUAUAAAUAUAUUUAAAAAUAAAACAAGUUAUAUGGACUUAGAGUUAACAAAAUAGAUGUUCAGCAUCAUAUUCUUUAAAAU